GUUUACGAUUCCGGUGUGGUGUUUGGUCUCACGGCGGAGUGUUUCACUCGACGAUAUCAGCAUAUUCCCACGUUCCUGAAGGCAGCGUGUGUGGAGUGACGAUUUUGAAGUGAAGUUCGACGCCGGAGUUCCACUUUUAACUCCCCAAACUCAAGCUAUAGAAAUUAUUGUAUUGUUGUUCUUUCUAAACAAUAGCCUCGGUUAAGUUUGUGUUGAUUGUCGGGUCGGCUCGUUAACCACUGGAAAGGAAAAGUGCCUUCUCACGUGGGGAAGAUGCGGAAAUUUUAAAUGGACCAGGAAGACGUCUGCGUUAACGGAUGCAUGACGUUGACGAACGCCGUUUAUUUCAUGUCCUCGCCUGAACUUGACGUGUUGGGCGAUUAGUUAAGCGUUACCGAAACUUCCUCUUUUGUUGGCGUGGGGUGGGCAGGAACCGUUGGACCAAGCGCGACCCCCCCGAUAAGUCGAUAAGUCAACGAUAAGUCCUCGCGUGGAUUCAAACAUGGGCACCCAGGGCACAGGACGGAAAAGAAACAGCAACAAGGACAGGUCCACGGCAGAGGACGAUGCCUUAAAUCUGAUAGCCAGAGAGGCUGAGGCCAGACUGGCAGCAAAGAGAGCAGCGAGGGCAGAAGCCAGAGAAAUUCGCAUGAGGGAGCUUGAGAGACAACAAAAAGAGCUUUCAGAUGAUGACGAGCGGAUGUCAGUUGGAAGCCGUGGCAGCGUGAGGGGCUCAUCCGUGCUUUCGCAUAAAUCUAAGAAAAAGAAGAAACAUAAGCACAAAGAGAAGGAUAGGAAUGGCCAUGAUGAUGAGUACAGUGUUCUAUCCAGCUGGGCAUCUUACGUCCCCUCUGACUUUUAUAGCCUCAAUGGUGUGUCCACUGGCAGGAACCUGGGGUCAGCUGGUUCCUACCAGACCUCCUUAUAUGAGGACAGUGUCUGCUCUGGGUCGCGGCGAUUCUCCGGCUCCAAUUCUGGCUCCCAUCAGCCUGUAGAGUACGGUAGCUACCGCAACUCUAAUUCCAGAACCUCCAGCCGGGCCAAUUCUGUCCAUACAAGUCCAGUGCAACCAGUAGAGUAUGGUAGCUACCGCAACGCCAACUCCAGAACCUCCAGCCGGGCCAAUUCUGCCCAUACAAGCCCAGUGGUAGAUGACAGGGAUUAUCUUGAGAAAGGUUCUCGAGCGGCUUCUGCAUUAACGACGACAACUCUCGCCUCUCUCGGUGCGACUUCCUCACGAAGAGGAAGUGUAGAGACUUCCAUCACCGUAGAUGCUGAAACUGCCACAAGAGAAAUUAAGGAAAUUCAUGAACUCAAGGAUCAAAUUCAAGAUGUGGAGUCCAAGUACAUACAGAACGUAAAAGAAGUGAAGGAUGCCUUAAAGGAAGUGGAGGAGAAGUAUCGCAAGGCCAUGGUGUCUAACGCCCAGCUGGACAAUGAAAAAAACAACCUGAUGUACCAGGUGGACACUCUGAAAGACUCAUUGAUAGAACUAGAGGAACUCCUUUCAGAGUCAAGGCGGGAAUACGAGGAAAAAGUCAAGGACUUUGAACGCGAGAAACAUGCCCACAGUGUGCUUCAGUUCCAGUUCAAUGAAAUGAAAUGUACACUGAAACAAAGCGAGGAGCUUCUAAAUGAGAUCCGUCAGUUGCGUAUGAAACAGGAGGGUUUUGCUAGGGAGAUAACUGAUCUGCAAGAGACAGUGGAGUGGAAGGAUAAGAAAAUUGGGGCCUUAGAGCGACAGAAAGAAUACACAGAUGCAAUCCGAACUGAGCGAGACGAACUCAGAGAAGAAGUGGUGAAGCUGAAAGAUAUUCUGAAGAAACACGGAAUAGUACUGGGACCCGAUCUGAGCAUCAAUGGCGAUGCUGAUGAGACAGAAAGCGACAUCACAACCAGUGGAGACGCCGUUCCCCAACCGACUCAGGGUUCGCCGGCCUCUCCGCCGGAGGGGAACAGCAUGCUCGGAAGGUCAGAGGAGACUCAGUUGAGAAGUAGUGGAAAGGAAGAGUUGGAUCAAGAACGUCGAGAAGUGUUUGAGGAAGACCAGACGAGCCACCUGAGUGCCGACAGGCUCUCUAAUACUUCUGAGCAGUCAAGCUCAAUUAAAGAAAAUGACAGUAGCCAGGACUUGCAAAUUGAACUGCCAGUCAGAAAAGCCAGAGAAGAAAUACCUCUCAAUGCUAUAAUUCAGGGAAAUGCAGCAAGUACUCCUGAAACCCUUCCACAAUUGAACCCUGAUUUGGAAACAGGAACAGAAAUAAAUGACAGUGACCUCGAAGAAAAUUCAAAUGACAUUGAAAAGCCAAACAAACGUGAAACCAAUGAGAACAUCAAUUUGAUUACAUUAGAACCACUUGUACAAGCUGUCAAAGACUCAGAAUCACGUCCCCAAGAAGAAAUAAAAGACAAAACAAGCGGUGAAGUAGAUGUUGAUAACCCGAAAUCAGGUACUGAGGAGGAAACAAAUGAGGACAUCAAUUUGAUGAAAUUAGAACCAAUUGUACAAGCUGUCAAAGACUCAGACUCACAUUCCCAUGAAGAAGAUAAUGAUUCUGGACCCUGUCUCCAAGUAAAUAUCAUGGAUUUUGAAUCUUUUCCCCAAAAAGAUAUACAAAAUUCUGAAUCAUGUGCCAAAGAACUAAAAUAUUCUCAACCAUCUCUCAAUGUACAAGGAGCCCAAUAUUCUGAAUCCUGUCUCCAAGAAGAUGUUAAAGAUUUUGAAUCACAUCUCCAGGAAGAAGAAAUAAAAGAUCAAGCAUUAUUUUGCAACAUGGCUGCCAAAGAUUCUGCAUCCUGCCCUCAAGGAGAUAUACAAGAUUCCAAAUCCUAUGCCCAAGUAGAUGUCAAAGAAUUUGAAUCAUGUCCUCAAGAAGAUAACCUAAAAGAUCCAGAAUCAUGUCCGCAAGUCGAUGUGAAAGAUUGGGAAUUGCUUCCUCAAGGUAGUGUACAAGAUUUUGAUUUAUGUCACCAAGUAGAUGUCAGAGAUUCAGAAUCCUCUCAAGAAGAUACAAAAGAUUCUGAACCAUGUCCCAAAGAAGAUGUAAGAGAUUCUGAACCAUGUACCCAAGUCCAGAGUGUCAAAUAUUCUGAAGUUUGCUACCAAGUAGAUGUAAAAGGCUCUGAAUCACAUUCCCAAGUAGAAGACAAAAAAGAUCCAGAAUUUUGUCUCCAAGCAGUGGUCAAAGAUUUUGACCCGCAUGCCCAAGAAGACAUAAUAGAUCCAAAAUUAUGUCACCAAUUGGAAGACAAACAUUCUGUAUCACGCCCUCAAGAAUAUACACAAGAUUCUAAAUCCUAUAAACAAGUUGAUGAAAUCAAAGAUUUGGAAUUUUAUCCCCUAAAAGACCUAACAAAUCCAGAAUCUUAUCCCCAAGUAGAUGUGAAAGCUAAUGAAUUAUGUCCUCAAGAAGGCAUACAGCUUUCUGACUUUUGUCCCAAAGUUGAAGAUUUCAAAGAUUCUGAAUCAAAUCCACAAGAAGACAUAAAAGAUCCAGAAUCAUGUCACCAAGAAGGCGGAAAAAAUUCUGAAUCGUGUCCCCAAGCUAAAGAUAUAAAAGAUUCUGACUCUUGUAUCCAGGAAGAAGAUAUAAAUCAUUCCAAAUUGUGUCCCCAAGUACCAGUUGUCAAAGAUUCUGAACUUUCUCCACAAGUAGUAGAGCCUGAGUCCAACAUGGAAUUGCUCCAUAAAACUGCUGAGGCAAGCAGUGACGAGGGAGAAAAAAUCUUUACCAAGCCUCAUAAGAAUGUUAAAAAGAAAAAGAAAAAGAAGAGAGGCAAAAAGAAAGCAGGCCUUGAGGAACAAACUCAACACGGGGACAAAAAGGAAGAAACUGUGACAAAUCAAGAAAUUAUUCAGAUAGCAGGCGCGGGAGUGGCCUCAGGAAAUAAUGGGUCUGCCACGGAAUGUGGCACUGAUGGUCACACCACUGAGAGCCUCGUAGAUUCAACUGCAGGUCAAGUAGCUGUAUCUGAAAAGGUGGAACAAACAGAAACCUCAAAUGUUCAUAAUUGCAAAGAGUCCCAGCUGGAGCAAAACAUACAACAUUUAGAAGUGGAAAAAGUAAAGCCAGAUGAAUCGGAAGCCUUGAAUCAGACUUUUUCUCUCACUUUACCACUCAGUGGGACACAAACGGAUCACAGUACCAAUAAACAAAAAGAAAGUUUGGAAUCUGUGGAAGUCCAGGAAGGAUAUGUAACGGGUUCUGAGCCAGAGGUUGUUCACAGUGUUUGUGACUCCAGAUUAGAUUUCUCCACUAACGUAGAGCUUCCAAGUCAAGGUGACAUAAGCCCAACUGUUGUCCAUAAUGAAAGUGAAAUAAGUUCUGAAACUACAAACUCUAGUAAAGAAGACUCUGUAGCCAGAUCAGAUAUCGAAGGUCAUGGUGAAAUUCCUCACCUCGAGCCUUCUGAAUGUCAGAAUCCCGUGUCUGUGCUGUCUACCCAUGACAUUGGUGACAGUCUACAAGAUCCACAAUUGUCACCAUCUGAUCCCUCUGUUGCCGUGAAUUCUGACACCCUCAACAAGGUGUCUGAGAACGUUCUUGAAAAGGAAACUUUUACAAGCCAAGAGCCAGAAGUAGAGAAUGUGGACAGGUACAGAAAGGACUUCAACUCAGUCGAGCUGGAGAACUCCUGUGUCCUCGACAGGGAGCAGAUCCUUGUAGAGGCACGGGCUGAACCUGUUGCUGAAAUCGAGAAAUUGCUGCAUGAAGAGCAGGUUGUUGAAGAUGCCUCCGACACAAAGGUCCCGACACCACAAUCUGAGAAAGCAAGAUGUGAGGUCAGUAAUGACGAAUUACCGCCUGCAGAGGAACCCGUGGAACAUGAAAGGAGUCAAAGUGUCCAUAAGGAUGAAGUGCUCACUGGUCUAGAGACCUACCAACAGGACAGCGUGGAAGAUUUUGACGAUGACGACGAGAAAGGACAGUCCUUUGAUUUUGAUGACAUGGAUAUAGACGCAGCCAUUGAGACACAGUUUGAUGAAAAUCUGGAGCAGCCAAAAGUUGAGGCUGGUUCGGAAGAAGUCCGAUCAGAUGAAAACAAUGCUGAUAUUAACAGUUGUAUUGAAAGUCCAAAUGAUAGAGAGGCGUGUACACCUGUAGCCACACCCGAAAAUCCAGAGCAACUGGACAUUGAGGUACCCGUUGAAGAAGUCCUUAUAGGUGAACACGAUACUGUUAAUAUCAGUAAUACAGAAAACUCAAAGGAUAAAGAGGCCUGUACCCACUUAGCCACACCGGAUAAUGGGUGUAAACGUAAUUUGGUUGACGUGGAAGAUGACAUGCAUAAACAAAGCCACAUGACGAAGGAUAAAGAAGAGCCUUCCAACACUGGAGUUGCAGAAAUCACAGACAAAGACCAAAUCCCCCUUCGAGCUGCAUCCUUACCAGUAGAAGCAGCAUUGGAUGCCAAUGAGAAACCGAUAGACACAAAUGCAACCCAUAGCAACAUGGACAUGCCCCUCCCUGGAAAAGAUGGGAAGAAAAAUGGCAAGAAAGGCAAAAGUAAGGGCAGGGAUGACUGCAAGAUGACUUAGCGGUUGGAGUUCUCAAGCAAUAUGCAGUGCAAUGUUGAUUUUUAUUUUUUCUGUUCAAGCGGGAAACUGGGUAGCACUUUUUUCCUGACUUAAUUGACAUCUAGUUUAUCAAUGGCCAUGAUAAACCUUUGUUUCAGUUCUACGUGCCCAAAAAAGUUAUUAGAAUGUAAAUUGCAAGCUUUUUCAACAAUGGUGUUAGAUAUGACAACACUUUUUGAUGAUUUUGGAUUCAAAAGUGAAAAUUAUUUCUGCUUUUUCAGAAGCAGCUCCUUAACAGUUCAUGUGGACUACUUUGCUCCUAGAAUUAUCCUUUUUUAUGUUUAUGUGAAUUGUUUUCCCAUGUUUGUCACAUCAGUUUGUAUUUGUAUCUUAUUUAUGCUUGUAUGGUAGCUACUGAUGAGCCUAAUUGGAAGGUGGUUUAUUUGAGUUGAAUAAAUUAACUACUGUAUAAUUAUGUACCAUA